UCGCGCUGACGUCCGUCCUGCUCGGAGUAUUAUGGUCUGUCGGGAAUUCACAGUCUGCUCGGCUAACGUUAGCGUGCGCCAGGCUAACGGGAGGGAGAGCUGGAGUAAACAUGGAGCUGUCUGCUGUCGGGGAGAGAGUGUUCGCUGCCGAGUCGAUCAUCAAACGGAGGAUCAGGAAGGGUCGGAUUGAAUACCUCGUAAAAUGGAAGGGCUGGUCUCCCAAAUACAGCACUUGGGAGCCGGAGGAAAAUAUCUUGGACUCCCGCCUGUUCGCUGCGUUUGAGCAGAGGGAGCGUGAAAGGGAGCUCUAUGGGCCCAAAAAGAGAGGACCAAAACCGAAGACAUUUCUACUGAAGGCCCAGGCCAAAGUUAAAGCCAAGUCCUAUGAGUUCAGGAGUGAGGCAGUGCGAGGGAUGCACAUUACUUACCCAACCCCAGAGCCUGUUGUCACUCCCAGAGCCAGAGAGGGCCUGAGAGCUGUUGUCCCCACCAUCUUCCCACCCAGCACUGUCAACCGUGGGGAAAGCGUCCGUGUCCGACCCCCUGAACUUAGCAUCCGUGAGCACCACCAGCCUUCCCUUCAGCAAACAAGCCCAGUCGGACUCAUCCAUGCACCCAAAAAAAGAGGCCCAAAGCCUAAGCCCCGUUUCAAAGACGGCAGCCCUGCUGUCUCUGAGCCCUACAAGAGGAGAGCAGAGGAACAGGUGAGCUCACACAAACUGGCCAAAUACCAGGGGGAUGAGGAUGUGAGGCUGGUAAGAGUGGCCCACAGACAUCCAGAGAACCGCGGUCACAGUCAUAAACACCAUCACCACCACCACCUUCAUCACCAUCACCACCACAUGCACAACCGAGGAAACUCAAGCGGUGGCUAUUACAAGCAGUUUUUCUCAGAACGCAGCUUGCAUCCACACAAAGUGGACAUGGACACACACAGGACUAAAGACAGCUCCAGCUACCUGGCUCCUGCACACUUCAAGCACCAGUCCAAAAUGAGCCAGAGCCUGAGUCGCCCCACGGAGCUCCCACAGAUGGAGAAGCCUUACUUUUUGGACAGGCCGUCUCCAACCAGGUUAGACGAUGAUGCAGAUGAGGUGACGUGGAGACCCCCUCUUGGCAAUGUGGAGAAGGUUCUGGUGACGGACGUGACCACCAACUUCCUUACUGUCACUAUCAAGGAGAGCAGCACUUCUAAAGGGUUCUUCAAAGAUAAAAGAUGAUUGCUUGGAUGAAUUUUUUUUCUCUCUGCCACGCUUUGCUUUAAAUCACUCUAGAGUCUAUGCAUAAUGUGAUCAGUAAGCAAAGCUGUUUUGUAUGUAAUGUAUACAGUAAAAGCAAAUUAUGUUAUGUGCAUAUGUGUACAUAUUAUACAGUUGGAAAUGUGUGUAAUGUGAUGACCAAAUCAAAUUAAGUCCCUUUUCACAUUUUGCAUUGGAUGAACAUGAAUGAGUUGCAUGUUUCCUUUGCAGCAGCUGUCUACUUUAUGUACAGAGCUUGUGAAUUUUAUUAAUUUUCAAGUGUAACUAACUAGAAUGUAUUUUUGUCACUCAUAUCUUCCAGCCAGAUAUUGUUCUAAAAGAAAAAUGUUAGAAUUGGGGCUCAGAUAUUAAAUUCAAUCAUUGGAUUGAGCUUUUCUCUUUAAAUUGAAACUAUUUGACUAAUGAGACCCUUUGCAAUGCUUUAGGGAUGUUAUUUAAAAUUGACUCAAGCACUUUGAAUUAAAAAGUAUUAUUGAGAAGUAAUCCUUUUGGAUUGUGUUCAAAGACGAUAGUUUGUAAGGUCUAAAACAUUUCUUAUAAGAAAAAUGAAUACAUUCAACAUCGAUACCCAGUGUGCACAUAAGUGCCAUUCAUCAUUAACAGAAUAUUAUACAUUUUCAUAGAAAACGUUCAUGAAGCUUCACUGUAAUAAAAUGAGUUGGUGUCAAAUAGAUUUUUAGACGCU